AUGUUACGGCUGCUUUGGGGCCACUUUGGCCCUCUCUGUGAAAGCUGUGCACACAAAGCAGCAAACCACCUUUACAAUAAGCAAAGGUUAACUGCAGUCCCUCGCAUCCUGAUGCAAACUGCUCACUCAAAACACACGGAAGCCAUGAAGCAUUGUUUGUUUGCAACAUCAAAAAACACUGGUCACCGUCUCUUCUCGCGGAGCCUCCAUAGUAAGCUGCUAUCAAGACAAAUUGGUAAACCUUUCCUGCGUGCACCUAAACCAAUGGGGCUACCACACUCAAGACAAAUUGGGUUUCUUGAUUUCUUUUCUUUUUGUCUCUCUCUCUCUCCCCUGCUCCGUUUCUUCUCUUUUUGUCUCUUUUCUCCCUGUCUUUCUUUUUUUUUGUCUCUCUCUCUCCCCCUGCUCUGUUUUUUUUUUUAUCUCUCUCUCUCUCUCUUUUUCUUUUUUUCUCUUUCUCUCUCUCUCCCCUGUCCGUUUCUUUUCUUUUGUCUCUCUCUCUCUCUCUCUCUUUCUUUUCUUUUUUCUCUCUCUCUCUCUCCCUGCUCCGUUUCUUUUUCUUUUGUCUCUCUCUCUCUCUCUCUCUCCCCUGCUCCGUUUCUUUCUUUUUUCUCUCUCUCUCUCCCCUGCUCCGUUUCUUUUUUUUUUUGUCUCUCUCUCUCUCCCUUUUGCUCCGUUUCUUUUUUUUGUCUUUUUUGUCUCUCUCUCUCUCCCCCUGCCCGUUUCUUUUCUUUUUGUCUCUCUCUCUCUCUCUCUCUCCCCUGCUCCGUUUCUUUUCUUUUUGUCUCUCUCUCUCUCUCCCCUGCUCCGUUUCUUUUCUUUUUCUCUCUCUCUCUCUCUCCCCUGCUCCGUUUCUUUUCUUUUUGUCUCUCUCUCUCUCUCUCCCCUGCUCCCUUUUUUGAAUGGAUAGAUGAGAAAAGACUUGAAGAUCUUCCUUCAAGUGAAUUAGUAUUUGACUUGAUGGACCAGUCCAACCCUGACAUGGGUGAGAUGCCUGAUCCAGGAUCCUUAUCUGUUGAGAUUGCAAAUCUUAAGGACUACAUUGGAAUUGGAGAUAAAAGUUUUAAGCAGUACCUAGGGAUUGAAGAUAAAAGUCUUAAGGAAAUCUUUGGGAUUCAGGAUAAGCCACUCCUAGGUACUGAAGACCAAACUGCCACCAUUACUAUUGAGAAUCCCAGUCCAAAAGAGUCUGUAGAUAUCCCACCAGUUAUACAAGCUGAAAAUAUUAAUGAAAUUUCUGAGAACAAAGAACUUUUAGAGCUGUCUGCUGCGGCUGCUAGUGAUUCUCAUGGUAUCACAGGCACGGAGUCUGGCACUGAAGCUAGCAUUGGUCUUGCUGAUACUGGAGAGCAGAGUGAUAGGGGAAUGGCCUGUGAAGAAGCUGAAAAGCCAAGUGAAAAUGCUCCGCCAAAUGAUUACUUUGGUUAUGCCCAUUCUGCCGGACCUGCUUUGACAAUGCUUGGGAUAUCAAGCCUCUCAACAGCUAAUUUUUUCACAUCUCCAUUCUUGGGAAAAUCAACAAGUAAAUCUGAAUUAAAUUCAGAUGGUGAUGGCAAGUCUUCAGCUGCUGCCUAUCCGCAGAGAUAUGAAGAUAGACGCAAGAUUGAACAGUUACAGACAGAACUGAUGCAAGUCCAGAUCAAAUAUCAAAGAGAAAUUGAUCGUCUUGAGAAAGAUGUUCGAGAAUUGAGAAAGCAAUUGAUGCUUAAAGAUCAAAAGAAUGGAAGGAAGAGGACAAUGAAGAAAUCUUUAAUUGAUAUGUAUUCUGAUGUCUUGGAUGAACUUGCUGAUUAUGAUUCCAGUUACAAGACACAAGACAAUCUGCCAAGGGUGGUGGUUGUUGGUGAUCAAAGUUCUGGAAAAACGAGUGUUUUGGAAAUGGUAGCUCAAGCAAGAAUAUUUCCUAGAGGUUCUGGGGAAAUGAUGACUCGUUCACCGGUGAAAGUUACCCUCAGUGAGGGGCCUUACCAUAUUGCCCAAUUCAAAGACAGUACUCGAGAAUUUAACCUGACUAAAGAAUCUGAUCUGGUCGCACUGCGUAGUGAAGUUGAAGUCCGAAUGAAAGCCAGUGUUGGGCAGGGACAGACCGUCAGUACUGAAUGCAUAUGUUUGUCUGUGAAAGGGCCAGGUCUUCAGAGAAUGGUUCUGGUAGAUUUACCUGGUGUCAUUUCAACAGAAACGUUUGAUGUUGCCUCAGGAACCAGAGAUUCUAUCAAAAAACUGAUUUCAAGUUAUAUGGAAAAUCCAAAUUCAAUUAUUCUCUGCAUUCAAGAUGGCUCUUUGGAUGCUGAGCGAAGCAAUGUCACUGAUCUUGUCAGCCAAAUGGACCCUAAUGGCAAACGUACCAUCUUUGUUCUUACCAAAGUAGAUAUUGCUGAGAGUAGUUUGUAUAACCCACUACGAAUAAAACAAAUUUUAGAAGGCAAAUUGUUUCCAAUGAAAGCACUUGGCUAUUUUGCUGUUGUAACUGGAAAAGGGAAUACUAAUGACAGCAUUCAAUCUAUCAAAGAUUAUGAAGAAAUGUUCUUCCGGCAUUCCAGGCUUUUCAAAGAUGGCGUAUUGAAACCUUCCCAAAUGACCACUCACAACCUGAGUAUGGCCGUGUCGGACAUCUUCUGGAAAAUGGUCAAAGAAACUGUAGAACAACAAGCUGAUGCCUUCAAAGCCACCAGGUUUAAUCUGGAAACAGAGUGGAAAAAUACUUACCCUCGCCUGAGAGAACUUGACCGAGAUGAACUCUUUGAGAAAGGUAGAGGUGAAAUCUUAGAUGAAAUAAUUAAUUUAAGUCAGUUGACACCAAAACAAUGGGAAGAUGCUUAUUACAAUCAAUUAUGGAAGACAACAGCAACUUAUUUCUUUGAAAAUAUUUAUUUACCUGCAGCUCAGUGUGAAAACUCUGGCACCUUCAAUACAACUGUAGAUAUCAAGCUUAAACAAUGGGCAGAUUCAUUGUUACCUAAAAAAUGUGUUAAGGUUGGUUGGAACACUCUUCAUGAAGAGUUUGGUAAACUGAUGGACAGGGAAGACAGCUUGAAAGAGCAUGAUAACAUCUUUGAUCAACUCAAACUGGCAGUUAAGGAUGCAUGUAUGAAGAGACAUGAAUGGGACAGCAAAGCAGAAGAGAGUCUGCGCAUGUUCCAAAUUAACAUCCUUGAUGAUACAUCCUGCACUGAAAAGGCCCAGUGGGAUGCUGCAAUUAAGUUCAUGGAAGAUUGUAUCAAAGAAAAGCUAAAAACCAAUCAGGAAAUCCUGAAUGAGAUGCUGGGACCAAGCACAACAGAACAAUGGAUUUACUGGAAACAUCAAACAGAGGAACACCGACAACGGCAAGCCACAAAGAAUGAACUUGAAAAGCUACUCAGCACUGAAGGACACAAAAAUUCAUUGGCAGUUGAUGAACUUACUACUGUUCGCCGAAAUCUUCAAACUCAAAAUGUUGAUGUUGAUUAUGACUUUAUCCGAGAAACUUGGUACCAAGUAUUUCGAACCCAUUUCUUCAAGAAGGCUUUAGCUACUGCUCAACAAUGCAAAAAAGGAUUUUAUUAUUACCAAAAAGGAUUCCAAGAUUCAGAAUUACAGUGUCAUGAUGUAGUCUUGUUUUGGCGAUUCCAACGCAUGCUACAAACCACGGCCAAUGCUCUUCGGCAACAAGUGAUGAAUAAUGAAGCUCGGCGCCUGGAGAGGAUUGUCAAAAAUAUUUUAGAAGACAUGUCAGAAGACAAGGCUCAGCUGAAAACCCUUGUAACUGGCAAGAGAGUGGAUCUUGCGGAGGAAUUAAAACGUGUACGCCAAAUUCAGGAGAAAUUAGAGGAAUUUAUCCAAGCCUUGAAUAAAGAGAAAUGA